CACAAGAUGGAGGUCGGCGAAGCCAUGGCGUUGCGCGACCACAAGCUGGGCUCUGAUUCCGACUCGGAUGACGAAGGCAACAGUAAGAACGCAUCUUAGAAGCUGUGUUCCACCACUGUCACGUUCGAGAAGCAGCCAUUCAGUUUUCAUAUUGAGUCUCAUUCGAUGACGGGGGCUUGGACCGACACACGCGCAUUCGUUUCGCGUCUGCGCGAGUGGCAGCAGGUACUCCCAAACCUCACUGGCGAAUCUUGCAAACCUUCUCCGAAACCUCAGGACACUGGUCCUCCUCCAACACCGCCGACUUCAUCCCCAAACACUGUCAAUGAUCCUCCGACAUCUCGUCCAGAAGCCGGUCCCGCCCAGGAGGAGCAUCCUGAUGGUGAAGAUACCAGACCACCAUCAGGCCAACAGACCCAGACCGCUGUGGCCAACCCCUCGUCACAGGACGAUCAGAUUGUCGGCGGACCAAAUAACCCGGAUGAUGGCGCUGGCGGCAAGGUCAAUGCGGUCGCGGACGAUGCUGCUGUCCCCUCCAACGAGGUCGACCGGUCCUGUCGAACUUGCUGUGGUCCCUUCCGAUUAAUGUGCUGCCCCUUGGGACGAGUCUCCAGCCCAGAGAUCAGAAAGAAGCCCACCCAGAUGUGGAAGUUCGUCCGAGGUCGACAUGGACAAGCAUCACCAGGCCCGGAUGUUGGGGACGAACCGCAACCGAUAGAGCUCGCAGAGCAACCCGCAGACCACCAAGUGACGGCCACCCCGGCGGCCGAACAGGAUGUGCUGUUCUUGGAUAACACAGAGAAUGGGGCAGAGAAUGGUGCAGAGAAUGACACAGAGAAUGACGCAGAGAGUGACACGGACUAUGACACGGACAGUGACACAGAGAAUGAUGCAGAGAAUGACGCAGAGCAGUCGCUGUCACCACCACCCACGUAUCGUGCAACUGGGGUGGACGUAGUGUAUGGGCGGACUUUUGAUAUCGACGAAGUCCGUUCCCCCAACAACGACCUUCGACCAAAGCAGUCGAAUAGCUACCCCGAGCUCAGUACAGCAGAUUACAUUUUACGAAAGAAUACCGAGUCGAGCUCGUUCUACGAUGGGUUCUUCCACUGGUUUGAUCGCUGUCCAAAUUGCGGUACCGAGAUUGCAUGGGGCUUACCUUGGAGCUCCCUUCCUGAGUCGCAUCCAUCUCAGUCCGUCGAAACGGAGUGGCGAGCUCCCUGCAUCCAUUGCCGUCAGAUCCUGCGCGCGACACUGGCACCAUUGGGGCAGCCGAGUCUGACCAUCCUGGCGAGUGUUGAAAACAUAAGGCGACACCGAGGUGCACCUCGUUUGCCAACAGUCCCUAAGGAGAACUUGGACAAUGGGGAGGGUCCCAGUACCUGGAUGGAGAGAAGGGCUGAAUCAGCGGAUCCCGGUCCGAGCAACGCUGCGGCGGGCCCUGUCCCUGAUAGGAAGGGCAAGCAAAAGAUGCGCGAGCCUCAGGAUGGGGAUGAUCUGCCAGAGUAUCAAGAAUUGCCUCCGAAGGGCGAGCAACCGAAGAGGGAGCCAUUGAGAGUCCAGUUUAUUCAACCGGCGGCCACACCACGCAUGGCCAGGCUGUUGGAAACACUGAACCGCGAUAGAGGCGAGCCUCGGAGCUUGGAUGCUGUGCUAAGUCAAGAAAUGUUUGAAGAUGCCUCGACGGACGUAUCUGACGCGUCCUCAGACCCAGAGCAGCCUGAGGCGGACGAGGAUGGGAUCCCGAGUCGGCAGCCCUGAGCUGUGGGCGUUUUUCGACGUGUAUAACUUUGACAGCAGCGAUAGAGUAGCGAAUGAAUGACCAGCGAGGUUUUCUUACUUACCU